AGUCCUGGCCGUAUGUGCUGCCUGUUUCCUGCAGCAGACGAGAAGGAGGUGGUAUCGAGAGACUGGAGAGAUCCAACAACAGCGCAACCUCAACCAACACCACUAUACAAUGAAAUUAUCAUCAAUCAUACCCGCUUCCGAACUGCAUUACUUCACCCUUCUACUGGUAACGGGUCUGUAUAGUCCAGGACGAGGGGAGAUAACCAGUCUGGAUUCUGGAAACAUCGAUGACAUCCUUAACAAUGCAGGGGUGGCUCUAGUCAACUUCUAUGCAGACUGGUGUCGAUUCAGUCAGAUGCUUCAUCCUAUAUUUGAGGAGGCGUCGAAUAUAGUGCGGGAGGAAUAUCCAGACGCUACACAGGUGGUGUUUGCGCGGGUGGACUGUGACCAGCACUCUGACAUAGCCCAGCGCUACAGGAUAAGCAAGUACCCCACGCUGAAGCUGUUUAGGAAUGGCAUGAUGAUGAAGCGAGAGUACAGGGGUCAAAGGUCAGUGACCGCCAUCGCUGAUUUCAUCCGCCAGCAGAAAGUGGAUCCAAUCAGAGAGCUUCAGAAUCUGGAGGAGAUCAGCACUUUAGACAGGAGUAAACGCACCAUCAUUGGUUACAUAGAGCAGAAAGACUCAGAAAACUAUCAUACCUAUGAGAAAGUGGCCAACAUCCUGAGAGAUGACUGUGUUUUUCUGGCAGCUUUUGGUGAGGUUUCUAAGCCAGAGAGAUUCAGCGGUGAUAAUAUUAUUUAUAAGCCAAUUGGAGAGAACGCUCCUGACAUGGUCUACAUGGGCUCACUCACAAACUUUGACCUGAGUUACGCCUGGUCGCAGGACAAGUGUGUGCCGUUAGUCCGAGAAAUCACCUUUGAAAACGGAGAGGAACUGACGGAGGAAGGCCUCCCGUUCCUGAUCCUCUUCCAUCUGAAGGACGACACGGAGAGCCUGGAGAAGUUUCAGCAGGAAGUUGCCCGCCAGCUGAUCAGUGAAAAGGGUUCUAUAAACUUCCUUCAUGCUGACUGUGAAAAGUUCCGACACCCUCUGCUGCACAUUCAGAAGACCCCCGCCGACUGCCCUGUAAUUGCCAUUGAUAGUUUCCGCCACAUGUAUGUCUUCCCAGAAUUCAGCGAUCUCGCGUUUCCAGGAAAGCUGAGGCAGUUUGUAUUGGACCUGCACUCAGGAAAGUUGCACAGAGAGUUUCAUCACGGCCCUGACCCCACAGACAGCACUCCAGGACAGGAGGAUGAUAGAGAGGUGGCCAGUAAUCCCCCAGAGAGUUCAUUCCAGAAGUUGGCGCCCAGCGAGACACGCUACACCAUCCUCAGGGACCGGGACGAGCUGUGACACAUCAAGACCCAACCCAGCAGUCAGCCAAUGCAUACACAGCACUGCCGCUGACUGCACAACCUCUAUUUUCAUAAUUUUUAUUUUAGAUAAAAAAAGUGAGAAGGUGAACCCCUGAGGUUUUUUUGGGGGUGGGGAAUGAAGAGGAGCGUUUUUACUUUUGUUUUUGGAGCUUGUAAAUAUGUUUGUGCUCUGUGGCUCAGUCUUGUCUAAAUUAAAAACAUUACUUUUUUUGUCCCUACAUUUUGUCAGCCCAAGGCCCCCUUUUUUGUAGGAAGAUAUUGGUACAACGGUGGCCCUCUUUGUUGGGAACGUGCAUUAAGUUGACUAUGGAUCUUGAGUGUGAGCGAGUGGAAUCUUGGGAAAAUGUAGUCUAAGAACAAAUCUGCAGUCAACCUGUGGGGUUUCACUCCAGUCCUCAACAGAGCGUGCCCAGUAUGUGUAUGCGUGUGUGCGUGUGUGUGUGCACAUGUAUGUUACAUGUGCUUAUUAGUCUGUAUUUGUAUGUACUGUAAUGUUCCGGAUUUGGUCAAAUUCACGCUCUCGAAGAUCCAGACUCACUAGUCUCAUAUCGGCCUAUUCCACCUGGGGAUUGGUCAGGGGUGGGGGUU